AUGAGCUGGGAAUUCCUAUGUGAUCUACUGAGUGGAGUGAAUAAAUAUUCAACAAGAAUUGGAAGAAUCUGGGUAGCAGUUGUGUUCAUGUUCCGCUUACUGGUUUACAUUGUGGCCGCAGAAAACAUCUGGAAAAAUGAACACGAUGAAUUUGAAUGCAAUAUCAGGCAGCCUGGUUGUGAAAAUGUCUGCUUUGACUAUUUUUUCCCUGUCUCCCACAUCAGACUUUUGGCUUUGCAAUUAAUCAUGGUUUCCACCCCUUCACUCUUGGUUGUUUUUCAUGUUGUUUAUCGAGAGAACAAAGAGAAACACCAUAACCAGAAACUUUAUAAAAGUCCAGGAGAGAUAGACGGUGGAUUGCUAUGCACUUACCUUAUCAGCCUUAUUUUAAAAACAGGAUUUGAAAUAGUUUUUCUUGUUCUGUUUUAUAAAUUGUACAAUGGAUUCAAAGUACCACGCCUCGUGAAAUGUGACAUAAGACCAUGUCCCAACACUGUACAUUGCUAUAUUUCCAAACCCACAGAGAAGAUGAUUUUCCUCUAUUUUCUGGUGGCAUCUUCAUGUCUCUGCAUUGUAUUAAAUCUAAGUGAACUGAGUUAUCUCAUUUUCAAAUACUCCAUAAAAUGUUAGCCGAAGAUGUAUAUCAAGAAACGUCAAGGCUCAAAAAGUGAUUGCCACAAAUCAGACAUCAUCAGUCACAACAGAUCAGCCGCUGGAGGACGGUUCUACAACAGCUCCUUGUCCUUGUCUCUGAAUAUACAAGACAAACAUGAAAAAAGCUCCCCAUUGACUUGA